AUGGCCGCCCCAGCAGCAACGGCUGCUCCAUCGGUUCCGCCAUCUCUCUCGCUCCCGCCAUCCCAAUUUGCCCGUCUACAGCCUCACGCCUACCUACUUGCCCACCUGUCUCCUCCGUCGGCGAGCAACCAGCCGUCCAUUCGCGCCAAUGGCCGCGCACCUUCGCAAUUCCGAGUCACAUCUGCCAAUGCGGGCUCUCUGACCCAUACAAAUGGCAGCGCUGUGGUGCGCAUUGGCGAUACCGCAGCUGUCUGCGGCGUCCGUGCGGAGCUUCUACACACCGAAGAUAUCGCCUCAUGGAGCGUCUCCCAAGCGUCAGGUUCUAAUAAGCGCCGGCGUCUGGCAGACUUGGGCGGGAAGCUAAGUGAGGAAGAAGAUGACGAAGACACAGAGGAGGAUCGCACCCACAUUGAAGAUCUCAACUUGCUCGUCCCAAAUCUCUCCUUGAGCACCGGCUGUGCGCCAGGCUUCAUUCCGGGUGCGGCGCCGUCUGCGCUCGCCCAGUCACUCUCCCACCAAAUCCUCUCCCUUCUACACAGCACGCGCUUAGUGCGCGCGGAUGACCUACGUGUCUGGUACCAACCACCCAAUCUCGGGCCAGAGGAACCAGAGCGACACAACGAAGAUGAACCGAUGGAUGUGGACGCCGAGCAGAGUGCCACUGCCGAGGAGAAGCCUCGGGAAAUCAAGGCUUUCUGGGUUCUUUACAUUGAUAUCAUGAUAAUUUCCCUAGCGGGCAAUCCCUUCGAUGCUGCCUGGGCUGCUGUCCUUGCCGCUCUCCGUGAUACGAAGCUUCCUAAAGCCUGGUGGGACGUCGACAAUGAGACCAUCGUCUGCUCAGACAGUGUCGCAGAUGCUCGCAAGCUUUCUCUGCGUGGACUGCCUGUGUCAAGCUCUUUCGGCGUCUUUGAGGCGGAUGCUGCGGCAGGAUGGCGUGCACACGUUAUUCCUGAUGUUGCAGAGCAAGAGCAAAAAGGCAAGAAGGGAUUCCCCGAGAGGUGGAUUCUGGCGGACCCGGAUGGCUACGAGGAGGGCCUUAUUCAGGAGCGGGCCUCUAUCGUUGUUGAUAAGGAGAAAGAUGGAAAGACAACCAUCGUGAGGAUGGAGAAGAAUGGAGGCUGGACUGUGGAUACCGAGGAUCUUCGACAGUUGGUCGAGAUCUCAGGUCGGAGAUGGGAUGAAAUGAAACGGAUACUAGACCAAUGUUAA